AUGAAAUCAACGUUGAGUAGGAGUAUUCAACAAUCCAGCGUUAAUAAUCCCUCAUAUAUUCAACCAUCUGUGGCAACAACCUUGACCUUUCAAGGGACAUCAACACAAUAUUAUUACUUGUACGUCUCAACGUUAAAACAAGGAUCAGUCACAUUGAAGAUUACUGCCAAAGUGCGUUCGUCCUCGUCACCCAGUGAUGCCUUCAAAAUGACAUUUACAAUGAAUGCAACAUUGAGUACACCAAUUUCAGAUUUUCCUAAAACCCUUAGUGUAGACACAUCGGAAAUGACUUAUACAUGGAAUUUUCAACUCAAAUCCUCGGACCCAGCUCCAAUCGUGUUUGUAUCGAUGAAACCACCCUUUCUGACGCAGGCAGGAUAUGGCUCUCUUCAAUUCAGUUAUUCCUUUGAAAAUUCUGACUCUGAUUUGACAACCAUCCUCUAUGCCACACUCAUACCUCUCGGUGUCAUUUUCGUAGCAAUGCUCCUCGUGCCAUCAGGAUAUUGGGCCAUUAUUAAAAGAAAGGCUUCUUCAGCCGCACUCAGAGCAAAACAAAUGACGGAUCAAGUCGUUUCAGGAGGAGUGGUCUCCAAGAUUGAACAAGCUAAAGAUGUCAUGGGAAAAAUUGGAGGAUUCAUUAAGGAAGAAAUGGAAACUGCUGUGAGAAACCGAAGUGUCGCCAAUCGAGAUGAAGCAGCUUUUCAUGUAGUGGAGAAUCAUAAAGUUGAAUUCACCAAUGUACCCCUCAACAAUUUUAACAGCAAUACCACACAACACUCGAAUCCUUCUAGGGAAUACAAAAGAAAUGUCUUUGAGGCUGAGCUUUGUUCUGACGAAGUAGAAUCGAUCGAUUCCAAACAAGAUCAUGUACAGGUGGUAGCUCCAUCCUCUUCGAAUGCAUUCGUCACAACAAACAAUUCUCAACAUGAGCACAGAGAUGAUAUUCCUGAUCUUGAGCAACAAGCAGUCGAGUACUAUCAACACACUUCUCUUCCUUCCACUUUCAAUCAUGCACAACAACAAGCCACUGUGGCAGUUCCUAGAAUACCUCAACUACCAACACCAAUUGUUUCACCUCCAGAAGUAGGCGUGACACUUCAGUCCACAACCAUACUCUAUGAUUCCAACACUACAACGACAACGUCGUAUACGACCACUGUAUUUGUGACCAAUCCCAAUGACCGUUCUGAGGAUCAGUACAUUCCUUCCAUUCCCCUUCCAGAUUCAAUCCGCUACUAG